AAGACGAAAGGAAGCAGGCGCAAGGGGACUGGGAAGGCAGCAUGCGCCCGCCGGGAACAGCCUCGGCGCCCACGGUCUGAGGCGGCAGCCUCACUUCGCCAUUGUGAGCCGCCGCCGGGGGAGCUCGCACGCGCCGCGGACCCCCCGGGUCCCCGUCGGCACCGUGAUGGGGCACCUGCCCGCGAGAACGCGCGGAGGCCGCCGCCUCCUGCCUCUGCUCUGGCUCUUUGUGCUACUCAAGAAUGCCACAACAUUCCGCGUAACUGUUCAAGAUGAUAAUCGCAUCGUUGUCUCUUUAGAAGCUUCAGAUGUCACGAGUCCAUCAUCUGUGUAUGUCGUGAAGAUAACGGGGGAAUCAAAAAAUUACUUCUUCGAAUUUGAGGAAUUCAACGGCACUUUGCCUCCUCCUGUUACCUUUAAGGCUAAUUAUCAUGGCCUUUAUUACAUAAUCACUCUGGUAGUGGUAAAUGGAAAUGUGGUUACCAAGCCUUCCAGAUCAAUCACUGUGUUAACAAAACCCCUACCUGUAACCAGUGUUUCAAUAUAUGACUAUAAACCUUCUCCUGAAACAGGAGUCCUGUUUGAAAUUCAUUAUCCAGAAAAAUAUAAUGUUUUCACAAGAGUAAACAUAAGCUACUGGGAAGGUAAAGACUUCCGAACAAUGCUAUAUAAAGAUUUCUUUAAGGGAAAAACAGUAUUUAAUCACUGGCUGCCAGGAAUAUGUUAUAGUAAUAUCACUUUUCAGCUGGUAUCUGAGGCAACUUUUAAUAAAAGUACUCUUGUGGAGUACAGUGGAGUCAGUCAUGAACCCAAACAACAUAGAACUGCCCCAUAUCCACCCCGAAAUAUCUCAGUUCGCAUUGUAAACUUGAACAAGAACAAUUGGGAAGAGCAGAGUGGCAGUUUCCCAGAGGAAUCCUUCAUGAGAUCACAGGAUACAAUGGGAAAAGACAAACUCUUCCGUUUUACAGACGAAACCCCAGAAAUGCCCUCUGGCAACAUUUCUUCUGGUUGGCCUGAUUUUAACAGCAGUGACUACGAAGCUACAUCCCAGCCGUACUGGUGGGGCAGCGCAUCGACAGCUCCUGAAAGCGAAGAUGACUUUGUCAGUGUACUUCCCGUGGAGUAUGAACAUAACAGUACACUCGGUGACACUGAGAAGUCAACAUCAGGCUCCUUCUCAUUUUUUCCUGUACAAAUGAUUUUGAAUUGGUUACCACCCAAACCACCCACUGCCUUUGAUGGGUUCCAUAUCCACAUAGAAAGAGAAGAAAACUUUACUGAAUAUUUGACAGUGGAUGAAGAAGCGCAUGAAUUUGUCACAGAGCUGAAGGAGCCUGGGAAAUAUAAGUUAUCUGUAACAACUUUUAGCUCCUCAGGAUCUUGUGAAACUCGAAAAAGUCAGUCCGCAAAAUCACUCAGUUUUUAUAUCAGCCCAUCAGGAGAGUGGAUCGAAGAACUGACUGAGAAGCCCCAGCAUGUGAGUGUCCACGUUUUAAGCUCAACCACCGCUUUGAUGUCCUGGACGUCUUCCCAAGAGAACUACAAUGGCACCAUCGUGUCUGUGGUGUCACUCACCUGCCAGAAACAAAAGGAGAGCCAGAGGCUAGAAAAGCAGUACUGCACUCAGGUGAACUCAAGCAAAUCUAUUAUUGAAAAUCUGGUUCCCGGUGCCCAGUACCAGGUCGUGAUGUACCUAAGAAAAGGCCCUUUGAUUGGCCCACCUUCAGAUCCUGUGACAUUUGCUAUCGUUCCAACGGGAAUAAAGGAUCUAAUGCUCUAUCCCUUGGGUCCUACGGCAGUGGUUCUGAGCUGGAGCAGACCUUACUUAGGAGUGUUCAGAAAAUAUGUAGUUGAAAUGUUUUAUUUCAACCCUGCAACAAUGACAUCAGAGUGGACAACAUACUAUGAAAUAGCAGCGACUGUCUCCUUAACUGCAUCAGUGAGGAUAGCCAAUCUGUUGCCAGCAUGGUACUACAACUUUCGAGUUACCAUGGUAACAUGGGGAGACCCAGAACUGAGCUGUUGCGACAGCUCCACCAUAAGCUUCAUAACAGCCCCAGUUGCUCCAGAAAUCACAUCUGUGGAGUAUUUCAACAGUCUGUUAUAUAUCAGUUGGACAUAUGGGGACGACACAACUGACCUCUCCCAUUCUAGAAUGUUACACUGGAUGGUUGUUGCAGAAGGAAAGAAGAAAAUUAAAAAAAGCGUAACACGCAAUGUCAUGACUGCGAUUCUCAGUCUGCCUCCAGGAGAUAUCUACAACCUCUCAGUAACCGCUUGCACUGAAAGAGGAAGUAAUACCUCCAUGCUCCGCCUUGUCAAGCUAGAACCAGCUCCUCCAAAAUCACUCUUUGCCGUGAAUAAAACCCAGACUUCAGUGACUUUGCUGUGGGUGGAAGAGGGAGUAGCUGAUUUCUUUGAAGUCUUUUGUCAACAAGUUGGCCCUAGUCAAGAAACCAAACUCCAGGAACCGAUUUCUGUUUCCUCUCACGUUGUGACCAUCUCCAGCCUCCUUCCUGCCACUGCCUACAACUGUAGUGUCACCAGCUUCAGCCACGACAGCCCCAGUGUCCCCACAUUCAUAGCUGUCUCAACAAUGGUGACAGAGAUGAACCCCAACGUGGUGGUCAUCUCCGUGCUGGCCAUCCUCAGCACACUGUUAAUUGGACUGCUGCUCGUGACCCUUAUAAUUCUUAGGAAAAAACAUCUGCAGAUGGCAAGGGAAUGUGGAGCAGGAACUUUUGUCAAUUUUGCAUCUUUGGAGAGGGAUGGAAAGCUUCCAUACAAUUGGCGUAGGAGUAUAUUUGCUUUCUUAACCCUGCUACCCUCAUGUCUUUGGACUGAUUAUCUUUUGGCAUUUUAUAUUAAUCCUUGGAGUAAAAAUGGUUUAAAGAAGAGGAAACUGACUAACCCAGUUCAACUGGAUGACUUUGAUGCCUACAUCAAGGAUAUGGCCAAAGACUCUGACUAUAAAUUUUCUCUUCAAUUUGAGGAGUUAAAAUUGAUUGGACUGGACAUUCCACAUUUUGCUGCAGACCUUCCACUGAACCGAUGUAAAAAUCGCUACACAAACAUCCUACCAUAUGACUUUAGCCGAGUGAGAUUAGUCUCCAUGAAUGAAGAGGAAGGCGCAGACUAUAUCAAUGCCAACUAUAUUCCUGGAUACAACUCACCCCAGGAGUAUAUUGCCACACAGGGGCCACUGCCUGAAACCAGAAAUGACUUUUGGAAGAUGGUCCUACAACAGAAGUCCCAGAUUAUUGUCAUGCUCACUCAGUGUAAUGAGAAAAGAAGGGUGAAAUGUGACCAUUACUGGCCGUUCACGGAAGAACCCAUAGCUUAUGGGGACAUCACCGUGGAGAUGAUGUCAGAGGAAGAACGGGAAGACUGGGCCUGCAGACACUUCCGGAUCAACUAUGCUGACGAGAUGCAGGAUGUGAUGCAUUUCAACUACACGGCGUGGCCUGAUCACGGUGUGCCCACAGCAAAUGCUGCAGAAAGUAUCCUUCAGUUUGUACACGUGGUUCGACAGCAAGCUACCAAGAGCAAAGGCCCCAUGAUCGUGCACUGCAGUGCUGGAGUGGGACGGACAGGAACAUUCAUUGCCCUGGACAGGCUCCUGCAGCACAUUCGGGAUCACGAGUUUGUCGACAUCUUAGGGCUGGUGUCCGAAAUGCGAUCAUACCGGAUGUCUAUGGUGCAGACGGAGGAGCAGUACAUUUUUAUCCAUCAGUGUGUGCAGCUGAUGUGGACGAAGAAGAAACAACAGUUCUGCAUCAGUGACGUCAUCUACGAGAAUGUUAGCAAGUCCUAGUUCAGAACCCGGAGCAGUAAGUAGAGAAAAGGCCAUCACGGGCACUCUGUCUUAGAACAACAAAAGGCAGCAGUCACCAGUUGUAUGGAUUCUGCCCCCACAAGUGGGGUCAUAGGGCGAGAUUAGUACCAUUGCAGAUCUGAGAGCUUCCAUGUACCCGGGUUGGUAAGUGUGACAUUAGGGGCUUCAGCAACUCCUUGUGACAUGACCUUCAUUCU